AUGGCGGAAAGAUGCACUUUAACCAAUGAGCAGUCUGUGGCAUGGGAGCAGCCGGCCGUCAGCGGGGAGUUGCCGGCGGCCCGUGCUGGCCACAGCUUCACAUGCGUCGGCGGGAGGAACCUGCUGUUUGGGGGCUAUGGGAGAAAAAAUGGCAAGGCUCAGGCGUUCAACGACCUGUAUGAGUUGGAUACCAGCAAUGAGGAGGGAUACGGCUGGCGGGAGGUGUCGGCCAGCUCCGUUCCGGAGCCGAGGGCAAGGCACGCCGCGAUUGUGAUCGAUUCCAACCGCUUCCUCAUCUUCGGGGGCAUCAACAAGCGCCAGCGCUACAACGACGUCUGGGUCUUCGACUGGAAGACCAAGGCCUGGUCGCAGCCGGCCGUGGAGGGCACGCCCCCGGCCCCUCGGGCCCACUUCACCGCCACCAAGUUCUUCGACAAGGUCUUCAUCUUCGGCGGCUACGGCGGCCACGGCGAGGUGUACGACGACCUGUGGCUGCUGCACACGGCGGAGGACACCUUUAGAUGGGAGAACAUAUCGGACCAGGUGUCCGGCCAGGGGCCCACGCCCCGUUUCGACCACUGCGCCUUCAUCUACCCCGUGACCCCCAACAGCGACACCUUCGACAAGCUGCUGAUCAGCGGCGGCAGGGACCUGACGCAGAUGUUCCACGACAGCUACGUCAUGGACCUCGGCAAGAUGACGUGGGAGGGCGGCGUCCAGCCGCCGUGCCUGGCGCACGAGACGUGCACCAACAUCGCGGACAGUAUCGAGAGCGUGCCGUACCACAAGGUGUUCAGCUUUGGCGGGAAGACGGACAUGAUGAUGCGGUUCAGCAACGGGGUGGAGGUCAUGGACGCGGGGAGCCAGGUGUGGCAGUCGCCGCCCGUGGACCCGGGGGACCACCCGCCUCCCAGAGAAGGCGCCGCGUGGGUGUACGACACGAAGGCCUGCAGCAUGCUGGUGUACGGCGGUUGGGCAAAUCGGUGGUUGGGCGACUUGUGGAAGCUUAGCGUGUCCAGCAUCAUUGGCCCGCCCUACGCCUGCACGAGGAUAUCCCCAGAGAUCGGGCCCGUCUUCGGAGGGACCGAGAUCACUGUGAAGGGCUUGAGAUUCAGGGACGGAAAAUGCCAGGUACGCUUCGGCGCCGGCAAGAACGAAAUCAUCGCCGACGGCGGGUAUGUGGACGGAGAGACGCUGACAUGCCAGACGCCGAAUUACGAGACCUACGGCGCCAUGGGCGUUGAGGUGCGCGUGUCCAUCGGCGGCGACGACUGGACGGUGAACAGGAUCAUGUUCAACUACUUCGCCAACACGUCUGCCAGGAACUGCCUCGCCUUCGGACCCGGCCUGCUUUCGAGCGGCUACUUUGGCGUGGAGAUGCCCCUCAUGAUUCAGGCCUACGACACGGCUAACGAGAAGCGUCAGAGCGGCGGCGACAAGUUCCGCGUCCGCGUGGUGUCCGCCGACGGCAAACUGGAGGGCCGCGUGCGCAUGACGGACAAGGACAACGGCAUGUACGAGGUCUUCUACGUCGUGCCGUCCCCGGGUGAGUACCUCGUGCACGUGACACACGAGGACCUGGGAGAGAAGACGGAGGACAUCCCCACGCGCGGGUCGCCGUUCAAGGUGGACUGCAAGGACCCCUGGAACAGGCACAGGGUCAUGGGAUCGACCCCGAACGUGAAGAAGGGGCUGCAGGUGUGCGCCCUCGGGGAGGACCUCGUGGUCUACGGGGCCAGUGAGUCUGGCGUGUGCGUAUGCAACACGGAGGGCCAGGACUGGAAGUGGGCUGUGGCUGGCGUCGAGGGCCAGGGGCCCAAGGCCGGCGAGGUGACGCAGUGUGCCGCCCUGGAGGACGGCAGCGUCGUGUACGGGAAGGGCAGCCUGACCACGGACGAGGAGGAGAAGGCCGUGUACAGCAUGGUGCCGACGGACUCCGGCUUUGCGUGGGCCAAGAGCGAGGCCCAGCCGCAUUUCUGGGAACUGAAGCUCCUGGACACCUCCUUCAGCAAGGUCUCCGAGACCGCAGCGUCCAAGAUCGAGGGCCUGCCGGGCGCCCGCAAGGGCGCCGCCGCUGCCGCCACUUUAGGCCACCUCUACAUAUACUCCGGCUCCUGUCUCAACGAGGACGACGAGACCAUCCACCUGGACGACAUGGUGGUCGUGGAGCCCGACGCCGACAACACCCUCAGGUGCCACACCGUGACGCCCGCCGAGGGCGCGACCUGGCCGGGGCCCCGCACCAACGCCCUCUUCAGCGAAGUCGAGCCGGGCAGCCUGCUCCUGUACGGCGGCCUGGGCCCCGACGGCAAGCCCCUAAACGACGCCUACACCCUGGACGUCGCCACCAUGGAGUGGACCAUGGUGUACUACGGCGACCCCGGCCUCGUGUUGUCCCACGGCGCCCCCGCGGCCCUGGUGGACCGGAAGCUUGUGACGCUGAACGCGGGUGCGGGGUCCCCAAAACUGGACAUAGCGAGCUCGCUGGACGUAUUCGCGGUGAGAGAGUCCAUGGCGUUUGUGCCCAAGAUGAGGGAGGAGGCGUACGCCCUGCUGGAGGAGCUGGACGGCUGGGUGGACCGGCAGGGCAAGGGCCUGGAGCUGGCCUCCAACCUGGAGUCGCUGUCGCAGAAGUUCGACUCCCUGCUGAAGGUCAUGGACUCGCUGUAUCAGAUCAAAUUCAAAAAGAGCCACACCGACCUUCUGAUCGACCAGCUCAAAGAGUGCUUCCUGUUCCUCGGGAAGCACAAGGUGCCGGUGGCCAAGGCCGAGAAGCGGCUGGAGGACGCCAGGCAGCGGUGGGACGUUGUGAAAAAGACGCAGCCCCAGGUCAAGACCGACGUGCAGCCCAUCCAGGCGUCGCAGGGCGAUAGGAUUCAGAAAGAGAUCGAGGAGUUCACUCUGCGCGUCAACAAGUACAAGGUCGCGUUCUAUCAGAAGGACUUCUUUAAGUAUGCCACGGGGUAUGAGGCAUCUUACCCUGAAGUUGACAAGGUGGCCCUCGAAAUCAUCGAUUUUGAGAAGGAGUGCAAUGACUACAACGAGCUGGCGAACGUGUUUGAGUUCCCCGACAUCAUGGACAGGGUCAGGGAGACAAUCAAGACCGUGCGGAAUGAGCUCAUCAUGGUCAAGGACGUGUGGGAUACGUCGGCGCUGUGCGAGACGCAGUUCCAGGAUUGGAGGCAAACCCUCUGGGACGACAUCAAGACGGAAGUCAUGGAGGACGGCGCCAAGGCCUUCGUGAAGGAAGUGAAGGGCCUCCCUAAGCGGAUCCGAGAAGAGAAUUGCUUCAAGGGCGUGGACUUGUCGGUGAAGAAUUUCUUGACGUCUAUCCCUCUUGUGGCUGACUUGAGAAGCCCCGCUAUGCGCGACAGGCACUGGGAGCAGCUCAUGGACACGACGAAGGUCCGUUUCACCAUCGACGCCAACUUCAAACUGGACGACCUCCUUGCUUUGGAGCUCCACAAGUUUGAGGACGAGGUCGGAGAGAUUGUGGACCGCGCUCAAAAAGAGGAGAAAAUGGAGCAGUCUCUGGCGAAACUGGAGGAGACGUGGAGCAAGUGCGAGUUUCAGUUGGUGCAGCACAAAGACACGGACGUGUACACCGUCAAAAUGGCGGAAGAGGACUUUGAGACGCUGGAAGACAACCAAGUCCUGGUGCAAGGAAUGAUGGCCAACCGGUACAUGAACACGUUCCGCGACCCCAUCCUGGGAUGGAACAAGAAGCUCAUGAACACCGCGGACGUCAACCAGAUCCUCCAGGAGAUCCAGCGCACCUGGGCGUACCUCGAAUCGCUGUUCAUACACUCCGAGGAGGUGAAAAAGGAGUUGCCGGAGGCGACGACAAGAUUCGAGCAGAUAGACAAAGAUACGAAAUCGGUACUGGCAGAGUUCAAAGAGGUCAAGAACUGCGUGGCGUGCUGCAACAAGGAGGGGCUCAUGAAAUUUCUGGAGCUGCAGCAGUCGAAACUGGAAAUAUGCGAAAAAGCCCUGGCGGACUACAUGGAGAGCAAGAGGCGGAAGUUCCCAAGAUUCUACUUCGUGUCCACAGCGGAUCUCCUGGACAUCCUGUCGAACGGAAACAGCCCAAUCAAGGUGAUGACGCAUAUGUCCAAGUGCUUCCAAGCCAUAGACAAACUCAAGCUACUGGACGACAACCCGCCUCCGGGAAAGCGGCCCAGCGCGAUGGGCAUGGUUUCCUGCGUGGGCGUCGAGUAUGUCGAGUUCAAAUCGCCGCUGCCGCUCGAAAACAAGGUGGAGGAGUAUAUGAACGCUAUCAUCAGCAAGAUGAGGGAGGAGCUGCGCGUCAUCCUAAAACAGUCCGUGGAGGACUAUCCAAGCAAGGACAGGGACAAGUGGAUCUUCGACUGGCCUUCCCAGAUCAUCCUUGUGGUGAAUCAAAUAUUCUGGGUGCAGGAGGUCGAGGAGGCCUUCGAGGAGCUCUCGAACGGCAAGAAGGACGCCAUGAAGAAGUACAACGAAUUCCAGAUGCAGCAGCUGACCAAGCUCAUCGAGGUCACCCGCGGCGACCUGGCCAAGGCGGACCGCCAAAAGGUCAUGAGCAUGAUCACCAUAGACGCGCACUCGCGCGACAUGGUGCACAGCGUCAACGAGGCCGGCGCGGACAAGGUGGACUGCUUCCAGUGGGUGUGUCAGAUGCGGAGCUACUGGGACGCGUCCAUAGACGACUGCAGGAUCAAGAUCUGCGACGCGUCGUUUCCGUACGGGUACGAGUACUUGGGGAACGGCCCAAGGCUGGUCAUCACGCCGCUGACGGACAGGAUCUACAUAACCGCCACGCAGGCGUGCUGGCUGUGCCUGGGCACGGCGCCCGCCGGCCCCGCCGGCACCGGCAAGACGGAAACCACCAAGGACCUAUCCGCCCAGCUGGGAAAGUCGAUAUACGUCUUCAACUGCGCGCCCGAGAUGGACUACCGAACCAUGGGGGACAUCUUCAAGGGCCUGGCGGCCUCGGGCUCCUGGGGCUGCUUCGACGAGUUCAACCGACUGGUGCCUGAGGUGCUGUCCGUCUGCGCCACGCAGUACAAGUGCGUGACCGACGCGCAGAAGCGCAAGUCGCUGCUGCCGGGACGCGGUCUCGAAUACAAGGACAAGGAGGGCGUGAAGCACCCGGCCAUAGAGCGGUGGACCUUCGUGGCGGCGGACGGCGUGGAGAUGCCCCUCGAGGAGGGCACGUCGGCGUUCAUCACCAUGAACCCGGGGUACAUCGGCCGCGCGGAGCUGCCCGAGUCCCUUAAGGCCCUCUUCCGGCCCAUCACGGUCAUGGUGCCCGACCGCCAGCUCAUCAUGGAGAACAUGCUCAUGGCGGAGGGGUUCGUGGAGGCGCGCAUGCUGGCCAAGAAGUUCGCGUCGCUGUACUACCUGCUGGAGGACCUGCUGUCGCCGCAGAAGCACUACGACUGGGGCCUGAGGGCCAUCAAGUCGGUGCUGGUGGUGGCCGGCUCGCUGCUCCGAGCCGAGGAGGGGCAGGUGGAGUCGGACGUGCUGUUCCGGGCGCUCAGGGACUUCAACAUUCCCAAGAUUCUGGCGCAGGACAUGGUGAUCUUCAUGGGGCUGCUGAACGACCUGUUCCCGGGCGUCGACCCGCCCAGGAAGCGGGACCACGAAUUCGAGAAGGUGAUCACGGAGACGACGAGGGAAAUGGGCCUGACCGUUGAGGACGACUUCAUCCUGAGGGUCGUCCAGCUGUCGGAGCUGCUGGCCAUUCGGCACUGCGUGUUCCUGAUGGGGCCCACUGGCGUGGGGCGCACCGAGUGCUACAGAGUCCUCGCCAAGGCCAUGACGAAGGGCUGCGACGCCCCCGUGAACGACUACCUGAAGAUGACCAACAGAAAGAAGGUGGUCAUUCGCGACAUCAACCCCAAGAGCAUCAGCACGCAGGAGCUGUACGGCUACGUCAACAUGGCGACGCGCGAGUGGAAGGACGGCCUGCUGUCCUACAACAUGCGCGAGCUGGCCAACGUGCCGGACGACAACCCGAAGUGGAUACUUCUGGACGGCGACCUGGACGCCAACUGGAUCGAGUCCAUGAACUCAGUCAUGGACGACAACCGCCUCCUCACCCUGCCCUCCAACGAGCGCAUCCGCCUCCUCACGCACAUGAAACUCAUCUUCGAAAUCCGUGACCUCAAAUUUGCCACGCCCGCCACCGCCACACGCGCCGGCAUCCUCUUCAUCUCUGAAGGGCUUCAGUGGCACAACAUGGUGCAGAGCUGGCUGCAGCGCGUGGCGCGCCCCUACGCGGUGGCCGCCAAAUGGAAGGACCCGGAUGUGCCGGUGGGCUGGCUGGCGGAGAUGUUCGACAAGUACGUGGGUCCCUCCAUAUUCGAAAUGAAGAAGUCAUUCUCCACCAUCACGCCCCUGGCGACAAUGAACUUCGUCACCACGCUGGUGAACAUUCUGGAGGGCUGCCUGAAGCCCGAGAACGUGAGCAACAAGGCCGACCAGGCGCUCUUCGAGAUGUACUUCGCCUUCGCCAUGAUAUGGGCCUUCGGAAGCGCGCUGUGCGAGAAGGACGGGAUCAACUACAGGAAGAACUUCGACAAGUGGUGGAAGCAAAGCUGGACGUCCGUGAAAAUACCGGGGAAGGGCACCGUCUACGACUACCUGGUAAACCCGAAGACCGCCAAAUUCCAACCCUGGGCUGAGUUGGUCACGGAGGUCCAGUACGAGCCUGGCGUGCCCAUGGCGAAUGUCUUCGUUCCCACCGCCGAGACGGCCUCCCUCAGGUUUUUUCUGGACAUGAUGGUGGACCUGAGGAAGCCCAUAAUGUUCGUGGGGGGUGCCGGCGUGGGGAAGACCCAGCUGGUGAAGGGCAAGCUGGCGGCCCUGCCGGAAGAACUCAUGUCGCUGGGCAUCAGCUUCAACUACUUCACGGACGUGAUCAGCUUUCAGAAGGUUCUAGAAUCGCCGCUGGAGAAGAAGGCGGGCAUCAACUACGGCCCGCCGGGAACCAAGCGGCUGAUAUACUUCAUCGACGACAUGAACAUGCCCAAGUUGGAUCCCUACGAGACGGCCAUGCCCAUAUCCCUCGUCCGGCAGCAGAUUGGCUGGGGCCACUGGUUCGACAGGGCCAAGCUCACGCAGAAGAAUAUCAACAACGCCCAGUACAUCGCCUGCAUGAACCCCACCGCCGGCUCGUUCAUCAUCAACCCCCGCCUGCAGCGCCUGUUCAUGACGCUGGCCAUGGACUUCCCCGGCCAGGAUUCCCUCAUGACCAUCUACGGCACCUUCCUUACCGGCCACCUGAAGCAGUUUAACUCGGACGUGCAGGAGCUGGGCACCAAGAUUCUGCAGGCCGCCCUGGCCCUGCACGACAAGGUGGCCACCACGUUCCGCAAGACCGCCGUCAACUUCCACUACGAGUUCACCGUGCGCCACCUGGCCAACGUCUUCCAGGGCUUGCUCAUGUCCACGCCCGACGACUUCAACUCCACUACCAAAAUUGGCAGGCUGUGGCUUCACGAGUCGGAGCGCGUGUACGCGGACCGCCUGGUGUCGCCCCAGGACCUGGCGACCUACAACAAGGCCGCGUGCGCCAUAGCGAAGAAGUAUUUUAACGUCUCCGACAUCGACGACUACUACAAGGCCAAGGACCCCAAGCCGCUCAUCUUCUGCCACUUCGCGGGCGGCCUGGGAGAGAAGGUCUACAACGAGGUGUCCGAUUUCAAGUCCAUCUACAAGAUCCUGAUGGAGGCUCUCGACGAGUACAACGAGACCAACGCCGUCAUGGACUUGGUGCUCUUCGAAGACGCCAUGAAGCACGUGUGCCGCAUAUCGCGCAUCAUAUCCAACAACUCAGGCCACGCCCUGCUGGUGGGGGUCGGCGGCUCCGGAAAGCAGUCCCUCUCCCGGCUGGCCGCCCACAUCUGCGGCUACGCGACCUACACCAUCGUCAUCUCGGGCAGCUACAACCUGAACAACUUCAAGGAGGACCUGCAGAAGAUGUACAAGCGGUCGGGGGUCAAGGGAGAGGGCAUCAUGUUCUUGUUCACCGACUCGCAGAUCGUGGACGAGAAGAUGCUCGUCUUCAUAAACGACUUGCUGUCCGCUGGGGAAAUCCCCGACUUGUUUCCGCAAGAAGAUAAAGACGAAAUUAUCAACGCCAUGAGAUCAGAGACCAAGUCUCUGGGGCUGGUAGACACUGCUGAGAACUGCUGGGGGACGUUCAUUCAAAAGGUGAAGAUGAACCUUCACAUGGUCUUCACGGCCUCACCCGUCGGGGAGAACUUCCGCACGCGCUCCCAGCGCUUCCUGGCCACGGUCACGUCCACGGUCAUCGACUGGUUCCAACCCUGGCCCGAGAGCUCUCUCCUCAGCGUGGCCAGGAAGUUCCUCGACGACGUCGAGCUCGGAGAGGACUCCAUACGCAACGCCGUCGUCGAAUUCAUGCCGUACAGCUUCGCUUGCGUCAACGCCGCCUCCACGCGCUUCUUUGAGGUGGAGCGGCGCUACAACUACACGACGCCCAAGACGUUCCUGGAGUUGAUCAAGCUGUACAAGAGCGUGCUCGCCAAGAAGCGGGAGGAGACGCAGGUGGCCAUCGACCGCCUUGACACUGGUCUGAGCAAACUUCACAAGACGCAGGCGGAGGUGGACGUACUGGUAGAGGACGCCAAAAAAAUGGCUCUGGAGGUGGAGCAGAAGGUCGCAAACGCAGACGUCUUCGCUGAGCAGGUGGGCAUCGAAAAGGAGAAGGUGAACGCCGAGAACGCCGCCGCCCAAGUGGAGGCUGAAAAGUGCGCGGUCGUGGCGAAGAUGGUGUCCGAAAAGCAGGCGUCCUGCGAGGCGGACCUCGCGGCGGCCGAGCCGCUCGUGGAGCAGGCCGAGGCGGCGCUGGACACCCUCAACAAGAAGGACUUGGGAGAGGCCAAGUCGCUGAAAAAGCCGCCUGCGGGCGUGGACGAUAUCACCGCGGUGGUGCUCAUCCUGCUGGAAAACAAUCCCAAGGACAAGUCGUGGGGGGCGGCGCAGAAGAUGAUGAACAACGUGGACAAAUUCUUGGAGAGGCUGAAGACUUUCAAGCCGCUGAUCGACGAGGGGAAGGUGACCAAGAAAAACGUGGACGCGACGCGACCGUACCUUCAGCUGGAGCACUUCAACAAGGACAUCAUAUACAACAAGUCCAGGGCGGCCGCGGGCCUGUGCGACUGGUCCAUAAACAUCGUCAAGUACUACGACGUCGUGUCGGAGGUGGAGCCUAAGAGGCAGGAGCUGGCGGAGGCUAACGCGAAACUGGAGGAGGCCAACACGACGCUGGCGGCCGUGCAGGAGAAGGUGGCGCUGCUGAAUGCGCAGGUGCAGAAGCUGGAGGCGGAGUUCAACGAGGCUGUGGAGGAGAAGGAGGCGGCCAUCCAGCUAUCCGAGAAGUGCCAGACGAAGCUGGACCUAGCGAACCGACUCAUCAACGCCCUGGCGUCGGAGGGUGAGCGUUGGGCGCAGACUGUGGAACAGCUCCGCGUCGACUACAAGGUCCUGACGGGCGACAUGCUGCUUGCGUCUUCAUUCGUCAGCUACGCGGGGCCCUUCACGAACACCUUCAGGGCCGAUCUCAUCAAAGAAUGGAUCAAAUUCCUGACCGAGAAAGUCAUACCAAUGACUGAAGGGAUAUCCGAUCCUCUGAAGGUGUUGGUUGACGACGCCCUCGUGGCUGGAUGGGUGCGCGAGGGCCUGCCCUCGGACCCGACGUCCGUUCAGAACGGCACCAUCCUGACCAACUCCGAGCGGUGGGCCCUCAUGAUGGACCCCCAGCUGCAGGGCAUCACCUGGAUCAAGGAGCGCGAGAGCAAACACUCGCUGCAGGUCAUCCGCAUGGGCGCGGACAACAUGAUGACCGUCAUGGAGCGCGCCAUCGAGGCCGGCCACUCCGUGCUCAUCGAGAACAUGGGAGAGACCAUCGAGGCGGUGCUCAACCCCGUCAUCACCAGGUCCACCUUCAAGAAGGGGCGCAACAUGUUCGUUAAGCUGGGUGACCGGGAGGUGGAGUACAACAAGAACUUCCGGCUGUUCCUGCACACCAAGCUGUCCAACCCGCACUACCCGCCGGAAAUCCAGGCCGAGACCACGCUAAUCAACUUCACCGUGACGCAGACGGGCCUGGAGGACCAGCUGCUGGCGCUGGUGGUCAACAAGGAGAGGCCCGAGCUGGAGGAGACGAAGAGCCAGCUCAUCAUUCAGAACAACGAGUUCACCAUCAAGCUGAAGCAGCUGGAAGACGACCUGCUGUACAAGCUGUCCGCCGCGGAGGGCGACCUGACGGAAGACGUGGCCCUGAUUGAGUCGCUGGAAGAGUCCAAGAGGGUCGCGGAAGAAAUCACCCUCAAGGUCUCCGAGGCCAAGCAGACGGAGAUCCAGAUCAACGAGAACCGUAAUAAGUACCGCCACGUGGCCGCGCGCGGCGCCAUGCUCUUCUUCCUGCUCAACUCGCUGAACAAAAUCCACGCCUUCUAUCAAUUCUCGCUCAACGCCUUCGUAACGGUGUUUGCUCGCGGCAUCGACCUGACCCCCGGGGGCAAGAAGAAGGGCAAGCCGGAGUUGGUGACCUACGAGAGCAUACAGCGCAGGCUCACUGGCGAGGCGAAGGAUUUUGAAGAAGUGCGCGAGAUGAUGCGGAGGAGCUCCAUGGGAGGUGAGUCCAGGCGGGCGUCCUCCGUGGGAGGGGGUAGCCGGCGGGCCAGUCACGCGGGGCCCAGGGAGAGCCACGCGGGAGAGCACCACGAGCCCACAAUCCCCGAGGACAAGGAGGUGGACGUGGUGGAGGAGGAAGAAGAGGCGGAAGAGGAGGACGAGGAGGACUACGACGACCCGGAGGUGCUUGAGAAGCGCCUCCAGGCGCUGAUGGAGACGUGCACCUACACCGUGUACAACUUCACGCGGCGGGGGCUCUUCGAUCGGGACAAGCUGAUCGUGCUGACGCUGCUGACGUUCAGGAUCCUGCUGGCGGGCAAGCAGCUGGAUGCAAACGAGUACGAGGCCCUGUGCAGCGGCGCGAAGAACCCCACGCCGCCGCCCAUAACGGACGACCUGAGCCGAUGGAUGAACGAGGCGCAGUGGGCGUCCUUGGACGUUCUGACCACCGUGCCUACCUUCGGCAUGCUGGCCAAGGAGAUGGAGAAGAACUCCGACGACUGGUACGCGUGGUGCCACAACGAGCACGCCGAGAACGCCAAGAUGCCGGGGGAGUGGAACAAGUUGAGCGAGUUCCGAAAGCUGCUCAUCACCCGGGCCCUGCGGCCCGACCGGAUCACCAACGCCCUGCAGAUGUUCUGUGAGAACGCCAUGGGCUCCAAGUAUGUGAACCAGGACGCCUUCGACGCGGGGACCAUGAUGGUGGAGACGACCGCUGCGUCGCCCAUAUUCUUCAUCCUCUUCCCCGGCUACUCGCCCUCGAAGGAGAUCGAAAUCUGCGCCAACAAGCGCGGAAAGACGGUGGAGAACGGCGGCCUGACGCUGAUCUCCAUGGGCCAGGGGCAGGAGGGCCCCGCGGAGGCGACGCUGGACAAGUACAUGAAGGAGGGCGGCUGGGUGUUCCUGGACAACGUCCACCUCAUGCAGGGCUGGAUCCCGAGGCUGGAGAGGAAGCUGGAGUCCGCCACGGAGAACGCCCACGCGGACUUCCGGUGCUUCUUCUCGGCCGAGCCCAUAAACGGCGCCCCCCACGCGAAGAUCAUCCCCGAGUCGAUCCUGCAGACUAGCGUGAAGAUCAGCAACGAGCCGCCGAGCGACAUGAAGUCCAACAUGCGGCGCGCGUUCGCCGCCUUCUCCCAGCAGCAGAUGGACCGUGUCGACGGGGUCGCCAAGCAGACCGCCUUCAAGGCCAUCCUGUUCGGCCUGUGCUUCUACCACUCGCUGCUCCUGGGGAGGAAGAAGUUCGGCGUGGGGAUCGGCCUGGGUUCGGGCUCGGGCCUGGGCUUCUGCAGGGGCUACUCCUUCAACAUGGGCGACCUGACCACCUGCGGCGACGUGCUGCACAACUACCUCGAGGCCUACAGCGUCGUCCCUUGGGACGACCUGCGGUACAUGUUCGGCGAGGUGUUCUACGGCGGCCACAUCACGGACGCCAUGGACCGGCGCUGCUGCAUGACGUACCUGGAGGUGCUCAUCCAGCCCACCAUCAUGCCGGUGGGGGACGCCGGCGACCCCGCCACGUGGGCGGAGCCCGUCAUGGAGCUGGCGCCCAACUUCAAGGCGCCCACGCCCACGGACUACACCAGCAUGAAGGAGUACAUAGAGGCGUCGCUGCCGCCCGAGACGCCGAUCCUGUACGGCAUGCACCCCAACGCGGAGCUCUCGCUGCUGACGUCGGAGGGCGAAACGCUGUUCAGGACGCUGAUAGACGUCUCCGGCGGCGGCAGCGGCGGCGGCGGCGGCGGCAGCGGGGAGUCCACGGUGCGGAGCUCGCUGGAGGCGUUCAUGGAGCGGCUGCCGGAGCCGUUCGUGAUGGUGGAAGUGGAGUCCAGGGUGAAGGACAAGACGCCCUUCGUGGUGGUGGCGCUGCAGGAGGCGGGCCGCAUGAACGGCCUGAUCGUGGAGAUGAAGCGGUCCAUGGAGGAGCUGCAGCUGGGGUUGGACGGCGCGCUCAACAUGAACGACAAGAUGGAGGCCCUGUCCAGGGGCCUGGCGUCCAACUCUGUGCCCGCGCUGUGGAUGUCCCAGAUGUCCACCCGCGUGCAGGAGGUGCUCACCCUGUCGGCCUGGUUCCACGACGUCCUGAAGCGCCACGAGCAGCUGUCGGCCUGGACGGCCGGGGACAUCGCCACCCCGAACAGCGUCUGGCUGUCGGGCAUGUUCAACCCCAAGGCCUUCCUGACGGCAGUUAUGCAGACGUACGCCCGGGCAAACAAGCUGCCCCUGGACAUGAUGAAGUUCAUGACCGAGGUGACGAGCAAGACGGUGGAGAACAUAUGUGAGCCGGCACCCGUGGGGGUGUACAUACACGGGCUGGUGAUGGAGGGGGCGCGGUGGGACAAGGAGGACGGCGUGCUCAAGGACAGCCUGCCCAAUGAGCUGCACCCCGCGCUGCCCGUCCUCAUGGUGAAGCCCGUCACGACGGAGAACUACGACCUGACGGGGUACUACCCGUGCCCGGUGUACACCAACAUGCAGCGGGCCAACGUGUACUCCCCCAUCGUCAGCAUGUUCACGCUGAAGACCAACGAGCCGCCGCACAAGUGGGUGCUGGCCUCAGCGGCCGUGCUGCUACAGGACGAGCUGGCGUAG